CUCAUCAUUUUCAUUUAUAUUUCUCCAUUUUUUUCAUUUUAUUCAGACAGGUGUAGAGAGAGAGAGAGAGAGAGAGAGCAGAAAUAAAGGGAAGAAUUGCUUCCUAUAUAAGCCACCGAAGCUUCCAGCUUGUUAUAAAUGAUAAGAGAGCUACACAAUAGUUUUUAGAGAGAGAAACUUAUCCCCCAAUUAGAUAGAGAAGAAGAAGAAGACGGAUAUGGAGGAUUCAAGUGAUUCCGUCUCUAUUGAUAUGGAAACCAUAUAUCUUGGAGGAAAGGAACAUAUUAUUCAAACCGGCCGUGGGUCCGUGUCUGUAAUCGUGUAUGGAGACCAAGAAAAGCCACCCUUGAUUACAUAUCCAGAUUUAGCUCUAAAUCAUAUGUUGUGUUUUCAAGGACUAUUCUUCUGUCCCGAAGCCGCGUCAUUGCUUCUUCAUAAUUUCUGCAUUUAUCACAUCAGUCCACCUGGACACGAGUUAGGAGCAGCAGCCAUAUGUUCCGAUGAUCCUAUUCUAUCUGUCGACGAUCUUUGUGAUCAGAUUCUUGAGGUCCUCAAUUAUUUUCGGCUUGGUUCCGUAAUGUGCAUGGGGGCAAUGGCGGGUGCAUAUAUUCUCACUCUCUUUGCGAUAAAGUAUAGAGACAGAGUUACUGGUUUAAUACUUGUUUCUCCUCUUUACAAAGCACCUUCAUGGACCGAAUGGCUUUACAAUAAGUUCAUGUCGAAUUUGCUCUACUACUAUGGUAUGUGUGGAUUAUUGAAAGAAUGUUUACUUCAAAGAUACUUCAGCAAGGAAGUUCGCGGUAAUCCAGAAAUCCCAGAAUCGGAUAUAGUUCAAUCGUGCAGAAAGUUAUUGGAUGAAAGACAGAGCGUUAACGUGUGGCGGUAUCUUCAAGCAAUUGAUAAGAGACCUGAUAUUACCGAGGGUUUAAAAAAGUUGAAAUGCCGAACGCUUAUAUUUGUCGGUGACAGCUCACCGUUCCAUUCAGAAGCUCUACACAUGACCGGAAAAUUGGACAGACGGUAUAGCGCAUUAGUUGAGGUACAGGUGUGUGGAUCAUUGGUGACAGAAGAGCAACCACAUGCAAUGUUGAUACCCAUGGAGUAUUUUCUAAUGGGGUACGGGCUUUACAGGCCGAGCCCAAUCACCGGCAGCCCGAGGAGCCCGUUAAGCCCAUCAUGCAUCGCCCCAGAGCUACUAUCUCCGGAAAGCAUGGGGUUAAAGCUAAAACCGAUCAAAACCCGGGUGUCAUCUCCCGAUUCGAGUACCCUCAUGUGGUAGAAAUCGUCUUGUAAAGAGAAACCGACCACCGGUUUUUGCGUACAGUGUAUUCGUAUUUUUUUGUCAUUUUUUCUUAUUUUUUGUAUUCAAGGGUAGAUAUAUACACAUAUGAUAUAUGUAGAUAGAGAAAAGAAAGGGGGAAAUAUUCUUUGAAAUGAUGGACAUAUUCAUUUGUAGGAUUGGUGGUCAUAAAACAGAAACAUUGUAUUUUGUAAAGGGGAAUAUGAUGGAUUUUUUAUUUAUUU